CUCGUACCUGGCGUGGUGCCCAAGGCAAGACGGACCGACCGACCGCACGACGCUGCUUUCAUGCGAGACUUUGUGUGCGGAGGCGACCGGUCGAUCAUUCGAUUUGUGUGUUUUCAUGCGGCAACGUUCGUGUGCUCCCUGUGGCAGCAUGCCGUCAUGCUUGUGAUGGCUGCGCUGUUCAUCCUGCGGCUGUUGUGCUACCCCCAGCGUCGCCAUCGCGACGGCCACUUGCACAAUGUCAAGACCACGAUGCAUACCUUUUGCUCCAAGCACGUGCUCACAGAUAUGAAGAUUCGCAACGCGUACAACUUGAAAGCGGCUGUGGUUCUCAAGAACUUGUCUGUGGCCGCGCUGAACGCCCGUCCGGUCGCCAUGACCCUAUACUUCUUGACAUGGAAACCGAUUUUACUCACGCUGUACGUUGUGCCGAUCGUUGUCUUCUGCAGGGAAUUCCCACAAGUAAACAACACCGCAAUUCUUGCUGGCGUUGCAGUCGGGUGGGUCGUCGUGCUGGUUGCCAUGGCCUACGUGCACGACUGGGUCUGCCACGUCGCGUUGGUCCCGCUCUUUCAUCACGUUGAGACCGAUGCGAAUGCCCAUGCCAACCAUGACGUGCUGUUGUACCCGGGGCCCACUGCAAACCCCUCGACCAGCUACACACGACUCGCGUCGGCCACGGAUGGGGUCGAUCACAACCUGUACUGCAUCCCCGUGCCCCCGCCACCGUUCGUCGCAAGCUGCAAUGACUUAUCACAUCUUCAAAGCAUACAAGCGUCCUUGACGUACGUGUCAAGAGAGAGCUCCAACGACAGUGUGACGAAGAAACCUCCUCGCCAUUCGGCAACGCACCCGCGUGAUUCCAGCGACAGCUUGCCGACGCGCCUCAUGCCAGCGCCGCUGACGACGCCGACAGACGUGGACGCCCAGAAUACGUCUGCACGGUCGACGAGUCGUUGCAGCUUCGACACUCCAUCGUCAUCGUACGCCUUGUUGCCGAGGGAUCGACCUCAAAACAGCACCACGCCCGAAACCAAAGUGAGUGGUGAGGUGGGGAGUAGAGUUCCGGCCACCGCCUCUGCCGACGACGACCGUGACCUCGACAGCAUCGCGCCACACGAAAUGCGCAGGAAAAUGAAAGUGCCAACCAACGUCAUGCUCGAAUACGAUUCGUUUGAUUUUGACCAAGACGGAAGGGAGCAAACGCCGCCAGCGGCAGCAAGCGUCUACCGCAGUGCACCCGACACGACUUUGUCGGCGUCGCUGUGGACAUCCCCGACCAACUAUGCGAGCGUCGCGUCCGAUGUCGUCGCGCCCGCCUACGGCCACCUUUCCCCCACGUCGACGGCACCGCUGCAUCCGACACCUUGGCCAUUCGACCCUCUCACGCAAGUCUUUCGCACCGUCGCCGACCCUUCUGCGCCGUCCAAACAGGACUCGGUGCACUUGUUGGCUUACGCGCCACCCUCGGUGUCCGUCCACUCGACGUUUCCGUUUGCAAUCUGGGCAUUUCUCGUCCACCAGCGCCAAGACAUGCACGAGCGAGCGACGUCGGAAGACGUCGGGAGCCGCCAGUUGUCGCGCGAAGUGCUCAUGUCGUUGCGGCGCGGGGCCAUCGCCCAUGUCCACCUCGAAGUACCUGCUGAAUUCAUCGUCGAGGAUGGCCCGAUCAAGGCGUUCACUUGGACGGGCGACGUGACAAGCGUCAAGUACAAUGUCCGCUGCAUCGAGCAUCGGCAUGCGCAGGUUCUGUUCAAGGCCACAGUCGUUGUCGGUGCCAAUGUCAUGGUACUCCGCUCGUACGUGUUUGUGACCGCGGCGCACGUGGACGUAGCAAGCAACGCCAUGAUGGAAGAGCUCACGUGCGAGCUGGAACUGCUGCCGAAAACAUUUGAAGAGAUCCCGUACGACUUGCUCGAUUUUAAGGAGCUCGUCGGGGAGGGCCACUUUGGCGACGCCUACCGCGCCGAAUACAACGGCAAGAAUGUUGUGGUGAAGACGCUGAAGGCGCAGGACCACCUCGGUGGCUCGACGGACCAUGUGAUUCAAGAAUUUCGACACGAAGCCGCCGUCCUCAACAUGUUUGGCCACCACCCAAACAUCGUGCCGUUUGUCGGCGCGUCCACGGAUCCGUCCCGCCCGCUGACGCUCGUGACUGCGUUUUUGCCGCAGGGAAGUUUGGAACGCCACCUGUCGACGACGCCAUUGAGCGUGCAUCAAAAGGAAAUCCUCCUCGGCGACGCCUCGGCGGGCGUGCUCAACAUCCACGAAGGCGGGUUCGUCCAUCGUGACAUUGCCGCGCGGAAUUGCCUCGUCGACGAUGCGUUCCGUAUCAAGAUUUGCGAUUUUGGCCUGUGUCGGCGCGUGAAUGCAGUCGUGGGCGGGUCGUACGUCGCAAGCGGAGUUGGCCCGCUCAAGUACAUGGCCCCAGAGUCUCUCGUCCCGCCGCACACGUUCUCAUACGGGUCGGAUGUGUUUUCGUUUGGCGUGCUCAUGUGGGAAACGUUCGCCGAAACCGGCCCGUUUGCAGACUUGUCUGGCGCAGCCGCAGCGGCGUAUGUGUUGGAAGGCGGUCGUUUGGAUCUUCAUCUACCGUCUUCGCAUGGCGGUCGUAGCGUUAUCCCUGACAAGUACCACGCGCUGAUGGCGUCCUGUUUCGCGGAAGACCCGUCGAAACGUCCGACCAUGUCCGAAGUGCAUCGGUUCCUGAGAUGAAGGGCAUUCGGCGCUCGUUUGCAGGAUGACGCCGUACCCCCUCUCUGCGAUCUAGUCGCUAGGGUGUUUGAAAGCAUUAUUUAUACCUCUCA